AUGAGUUCUUCUCUCGAGGCUAAGAUUGUUGUGUUGGGCGCACAGGGAGUCGGAAAAACGUCCCUCGUGCAGCGCUACGUCAAGAAUGACUUCAGUCCCGCCGGGACGGCGUCGACCGUCGGCGCGUCGUUCAUCACGAAGCGCGUUCUCGACAGCGCGUCCGACACCAUCGUCCGGCUACAGAUCUGGGACACGGCCGGCCAGGAGCGAUUCCGAAGUAUCUCGCGACUGUACUACCGCGGCGCGAACGCCUGCCUACUAUGCUACGACAUCACGGACGAGCAGAGCUUCCAGGAGAUGACCGGGUGGCUGCUGGAGCUGAAGAAUAACCUGAACGAGGAGGACCCGAUCGUCAUUCACGUCGUCGGGACCAAGUCGGAUAUCGUCGCACUGGAUCCCUCCCGUCGCAGGGUCCCCUUUGAGCGCACGAUCGCGUACGUCGCCGAGCAGCUGUAUCCGUCGCAGGCGUCGACGCCGCCGCCCACUGCUGGGUUUCUGGGCCAUUCGUCGAGUACCACGUUGCAGGGUCCUGAUAGUAAACGGAGUAGCGGGUUCUGGGGACAGGAUAUUGGAUGGGAUUGCUGCCAUGAGAUCAGCGCUAAGGAUGGCGAGGGCAUCGAGGAGGUCUUUCGAGUGAUCACGCGCAAGUUAGUCGAGGAGAGGAAUAAGAAGGAGGCGAGCGUGGUCGCGACUCCUGGGUCCGGGUCCGGUAUUGAAGGGCUCUCGGUGCCUGCUGCGAGGAAUCUGGAAAACAAUGGCAGUUUCCGCCUGGGGAUGGGCGACAAACGUCGCAGCUGGUUGGGAUUCCCGCCGAGCAGCGUGGGCGAUGGGCACGAUGAGACGGUGGAAAUUCGGACGAAGAAGAAUGGUCGAUGCUGUUGA